CAAUCAGAGAGCAGAACGCCGCGGUACGCGUAUUUUGAAUUGUAUACAAACGGACUGGUCUGAGAGCAGGUUGAUAGGCGACGCUCUGCUUGUCUCCGAGUAGUUUUGGUUGUUUUAAACUGUUCACCGAUAAUCGCAUCAGAGUCUGGAAUUUAACGAUGAGAAAGAGCGAGGUGCUCGCAGCUGAGGCGGUGUCGUGCCUGAAUAAAGCGCUGUGCCAUCUGAAGGACAUCUGGGAAGAAAUCGGUAUCCCAGAGGACCAGAGACUGCAGAGAACUAAUGUUGUCAAGACCCACAUCAAGAGCUUACUGGAUAUGAUGAUCAAAGAAGAAGAAUCUCUGAAAAAGAGGCUCAUAAACAGCCUUCAGACAUGCAGGACAGAACUGGAGAAACUCUACCUGGAGCUUCAGCUACCUGUGUUUGAGGAGGAGAGCGGUAUCAGCAUGCUCCAGCAGGAGAAGAACAUACGCACUCAGGUGGAGGCUCUGAUGAAGGAGAAGGCCCGUCGGAUGCAGCAGCUGAAGGGUCUGCUGGAGCAGGACCAGGACCUGUGUGACAUCCUGUGCUCCGUGCCUUAUGGCAUCGCUCCCGACUCUGUUCCCUCCCUGGAGCAGCUGGAUCACUUCCAGCAGCACAUCGCCAGCCAGAGCGCAGAGAAGGUGAGGCGGCAUGCUGAGUUCAUGGACCUCAAAAAGCAGAUCAUCUUGUACAUGGAAGAGCUGGACCAUGUCCCUGAGACCAGCUUCGAGAAGGACGUCGUCUGUGAGGAUGAGGACUCGUUUUGUCUUUCCAGAGAAAAUAUUACAUCACUCAAGCUGCUUAUCUGUCAGCUGGAGGAACGCAAGACGGAGAACGAGGCCAUGUGUGAGAACCACAGAGAGAAGAUCCAGCAGCUGUGGGACAGACUGCAGGUUCCCCAGGAGGACAGGGAGGCCUUCAACGAACACAUGGUCUCAUCCAGGAAGAGGAACCUGGAAGCGUUACAAGCAGAAGUUCGGCGUCUGGAGGAGCUCAAACUGCUAAACAUCCGCAACGUCACCGAGGCCAUCCGGUCCGAGAUCGCAGUGUUCUGGGACAAGUGCUUCUUCAGCAUCGAGCAGCGGCAGGCUUUUGCACCAUAUUUUAGUGAGGAUUUUACUGAAGAGCUGCUGAGUCUGCACGACGCUGAGAUCCAGCGCUUGAAGCAGCAUUAUGAGGAGCACAAAGAACUUUUUGACGGAGUUCACCAAUGGGAAGAAAGCUGGAGACUCUUCCUGGAGCUGGAGAAUAAAGCCACAGAUCCGGCAAGAUUCACUAACAGAGGAGGGAAUCUCCUGAAAGAGGAGAAACAGAGGACCGAGCUGCACAAAAGUCUGCCAAAGCUUGAAAAGAAAUUAAAAGCCCAGAUCGACGUGUGGGAGGCUGAACAGGGGCGAGAGUUCCUCGUCAACGACCAGAAGUUCCUGCAGUAUGUGGAGGAUCAGUGGGAGCUGCACCAAACAGAGAAAGAGAAGGAGAAACAAGCACGACAUCUCAAGAAGAGCAAACAGACCGAGGAGGACAUGCUGUACGGAACAACAGUGCGGACCCCCACCAAACGCAGGUUCCUGGGCACGACCACCCCGAAUAAAUCCCGAAAGUUUAAUGCAACUUCCAGUAUUUCUAGUGCCACAUCUAACAGCACCAUGCGCUCUGCCUUCGGUGGAACCGUCUGUCGCUCACCUGUGCCCCGCCCCCCUCUCUCAGCAAACAAGGGUCUGGCGCCACGGACGCCAGGUAGCGCCAAACCCCCCCACCCAAGACUGCAUGGCACUAACAAGGAGAAUGAGGGCCAGCUGAAGGGGACUCCUCUGAUUGGUGCGUUGCUGCCCUGCGCUAGUCCACAGCGUAACUUCAGCAUAACCUCUGUUGCCAGCACAUAUUCAGAGUUUGUGAGGGACUUGGUCAACUGCGAAUCUGUUCAGUCAAGCGAGACCUGUCCAAGGCCUCCGACGCCAAGAUCCAGCACAACAUCCUGAACUCCACCACCGCCAACCUUUGACCUCCCCGCUCUGACUGCAUCAGCUGUCAAAUCGUAGUCCUUUCAACAAAAGUUCUGAUCUCACGACCUUUCACUGCUCUCUGCGUUUGUAUGUAAAUGAAGGUAAUAAUAUAUUAAGUGUUAAGUCGCUGAUAAACCAGGAGUAUGCCGUCAGUCGCCGGGCGUGUUGUCCUCAGUGCUGCGGGAUUUCUGUCUGUCAGGAAGAAAAAUGUUUGUAUCCUAAGUUAAACUAACACUACUUUGGGUUUCUAAAUUUUGCCAGUUAUUGAGCUGUAAUAAACUCAGUCUGCAUCUUGUACUGCACACUUUAUUUAAAAAAAGAAAAGAAAAAAAGAAAUGAGAGAAUGUUUAGCUUUCUGAAUUUAUGCAAUCUGGGGUUACAGGCCAAAUGUAUUGUGAAUACUUUGCACUUUUUUUUUUUUAACAAAGUAUACUGAAGCUCACUGUGUAAUUUUAUACACACACACACACUCUUUUCCAUCCAAAUCUGUUUUUACACAUGUAUGUAUUUGUAUAUAUUUCUGUAUCUGCUGUUCUCUUCAUAGACUCUGUUUGACGGAGAUGUGAACACGUUUAGACUGUUGGUGCCUCAUAACAGUUUAAGUAUCGCUAAAUCACACGAAUUCAGCACAACAUGGCUGAUUUGGAAAAACUUGUUAAAAUGUAAUAAAUGCAUUUUCAAGUGA